AUGGGUGUAAUACGCAAAAAGACCGCCUCGCGCGGCACCGAGGCCGGCACCAAGUUCCACUGCGACGUGUGCUCGGUCGACGUCACAUCCACUGUCCGCAUCUCGUGCGCCCACCCCGUCUGCCAUGAAUACGAUCUUUGUGUCCCCUGCUUUGCAGCUGGGGAGAGCUCCAAAAAUCACGACCCAUCCUCCCACCCCUUUCAAGUCAUCGAACAGAACUCCGUGCCGAUUUUCCAAGAAGACUGGGGUGCAGAUGAAGAGCUUCUGCUGCUGGAGGGUGCGGAGAUCUAUGGUCUCGGCUCAUGGGCCGACAUCGCCGACCAUAUCGGUGGCUACCGUACCAAGGACGAAGUGCGUGAUCAUUAUAUCGAAACCUACAUAAACAGCUCCAACUUCCCACUCCCCGACCGAGCCGACCCGGAGGAUAGGAGCCUUCAGGAUGCGAUCUCGAAGGAGGAGUUCCAGACGCGUAAGAAACGCCGCAUCGAAGAGCGCAAGGAGGCGACCAAGGCGGCACCUCCCACAACCCCCAAACAGAAGCCUACCGCCAGUGUACCGGCGUGUCACGAAGUUCAGGGCUACAUGCCAGGUCGAUUGGAGUUCGAGACAGAGUUCCUCAAUGAUGCAGAGGAGGCUGUACAGCAUAUGGCGUUUGAGCCCGGCGCGGGUAUCGGGCCCAACGGCGAGAUUGAUGCUGAAGCCGAGCUCAAGAUGACCGUGGUUGAUAUUUACAAUUCACGACUCACGGCGCGUACAGAGCGCAAGAAAAUCCUAUUCCAGCAUAAUUUACUGGAAUAUCGGAAGAAUACGGCGCUGGAGAAGAAGCGCUCCAAAGAAGAGCGCGAUCUUUUGAACAAAGCGAAGCCUUUGGCCCGAAUGAUGAACCAGAAGGACUUUGAGGACCUAAAUAAAGGACUUGAAUACGAACACAACCUUCGCCUAGCCAUCUCACAGUUACAAGAAUGGCGGCAGAUGGGCAUUGGCGAUUUGAAAGCCAGCGAGAAAUAUGAGCAGGACAAGCAGUCCCGUGCGCAGCGAAUGAUCCCUCAGGGAUCCUUUGAUCGAUUUGCCAGUGCUCGCCCCAAACAGGCUCAACUACCAGAAGGCCCUUCGGCUGCAACUCAGCUGACUACGCCCGAGUUGCCUCUACGACUCCAGCAAGCUGCUAACCCCCACAAACAGCCAGAGCCUGCUGAAAUUCCUCUAAACGACUUUGACCGGAUGUUUGCUGUCAACGGCGAUGGCGCCCCGCCUCAACCGGCCAAAACUAAAUUUGUUGUGCAGCCGUUGAGCGGUGUGCCUGCUUGGAAACUAGAUGACGAGGGAGCAGCCGACCUUCACCUGCUGACCCGAGAGGAGGCCGAAGUGUGCAACAUGCUACGUCUGAUGCCGAAGCCAUACCUGGUGGUUAAGGAGACGCUGCUGAAGGAAGCCAUGAAGCAAGGUGGCAACCUCAAGAAGAAGGAUGCACGUACGAUUUGCAAGGUUCGUUUCGCCCAUCUGGUUAUUCAGACCUUCUCUCUCUUGAAUCUCAUUAACAUCUCCCUUUACCAGAUUGAAAGCAACAAGGCCAGUCGCAUUUACGAUUUUAUGGUGCACAGUGGAUGGAUCAACAAGGCUUAG